AUGGAAGCAAUUCUACAAAGUCUUUCUCGAGAAGAAUCUGAUGUAGUUGAUACGUCUGAUUUUCAGAAUCCUUUGGAUUCUCUUUAUAAUUCAUCUUUUAAGAAUAGCAAAGUUACUGAUACUAUUUCAUCAAAGAUUACACAUGGCACAACAACAUUAGCAUUUUGUUUCUCAGGAGGAAUACUUGUUGCUGUUGAUUCAAGGGCAACUGCUGGAAGCUGGAUUGCAAGUCAAACGGUCCAAAAAGUUAUAGAAAUUAAUGAUUAUCUUUUGGGGACAAUGGCAGGAGGAGCUGCUGAUUGUCAGGUUGGUUUACAAUUAAGCGCUGUGGAAUUUUGGGAAACAGUAUUGCGUAUGGAAUGUCGUUUAUAUGAGCUUCGGCACAAAACGCGCAUAUCGGUCGCAGCAGCGUCUAAAAUCUUAGCAAAUAUUGUUUAUUCAUAUAAAGGCAUGGGUCUUUCAAUGGGAACUAUGAUUUGUGGUUGGGAUGAGCGGCGAGGCCCUUCUUUAUUUUAUGUUGAUAGUGAGGGCACCCGGCUUAAAGGAAACAUGUUGUGUGUGGGAUCUGGACAGACGUUUGCGUAUAGUAUAGUAGAUGAUAAAUACAGUUGGGAUAUGUCUGUAGAAGAUGCCAUUGAACUUGGUAAACGUGCUAUUCUUGCUGCUACUCACAGAGAUGCCUUUUCAGGAGGAAACGUCAACAUUUAUCACAUCAGAUCAGAAGGUUGGCGUUUUUGCGGUAGAUUUGAUGUGGCACAACUUUUCGAUGAGGUUGUAGAGAAAGAUCAUUCUUUUCAACAUGUUAUACGGUAG